CAUAUAAAUAUAUAUUAUUAUAAAUGGGCAAUAAUUCCACGUAAAUUGGUAAUGGCCAUGGAUACAGAAUCAUAUCCAUUGAACCCAAUUCAUUUGGAUCCAACCUCAGUAUUGUUCUCACAUUAUACUAGAUUUGGAAAUCUUUCUAGAUUAUAUCAUCCACAUCAAAUCUGAUUCCCAAGUGAAUGCCAUCAAAUUGUUAGAAAGUGAUGAACCCAUAGAGUUGUCUAUUUUUAAUAUCUUCUCAUUGGAGACCAGAAAAAUCUAUAUCUCAGAGCCGCGAUCCACAAUCAAAUUGGGUCUCUUGAUCAGAUACGAAUCUAUUAAUCCAUUGAUUCUGCACAUCACCAAAGUAUUGAAAGGGAGUCCUGCAGAAUCAAGUGGACUCAAAAGCAAUUAAGAUUAUCUCCUAGGAGUCAAAUCUCAUAGGUAUUAAACUAUUGAUGAAUUCUCAGAUAUCGUAACAGGAUAGGCAUAUUCGAAAUAAUCAAUUGAAGUAAUCAUUAUAUCCCAUCAUAAAGCUCUGCAUAUUUUCACCAUUGACUAAAAAGUCUCCCAGAGUUGUAGUGUUAGAACCAAAGUAUAAUUGGGGUGGACCAGGAGCUUUGGGAUGUGAAUUUGCCUCAGGAGCUAUACACUCUUUCAACUUUUCUCAAUUGAUUAAAGCCUAAGAUGGUGAAGAAUCCAAGGAAGUGAUUAAAAAUGAAGACUUCUAAUCAUAAUUUAGUAAAGAAUCAAAUUAAUUUUAAUAAAUUGAAAAUCAGGAUAUUGAAAUAAACAAUUAAGAGAAUUUAUAAUCAGAGUUCAAAUAAUAAAUCUAUUUGGAAAAAAUUAAUGAUCCUCAAGAACAUUCCAUUGAUAAAUCAUAAAGUUUAUCUAAUUCACAAAGUACUUUAUUCCAAUUAACAUACAUAAUUAGCGAAUCUAAAUUAAAUACCAAAACAGAUUUCUAAUAAUAAAAUGAAGAAGCUUCUAAUCUUGAAUAACAACAAAUAAUCAAUUAGGUUGAGCUAUUGAAGUCAUAAAAUAUUCAAGACAACAGUGAUGAUUUGGAUAAUCAAUAACAAUAACAUAAUUAAUAGAUUUAAUCUGAUAUUCCAUAAUCUGAAACCCAUUCUAAUUUAAGAUAAUAACAAUAGGAUGAUGAUGUAGAUGUAAAGUAAGAAUUUUAAGUUAAAUAAACAAAUAAUGAAGAUGGUGACUUAUAAUAACAAAAUGAAUAAUUAAACAAAUCCAAUUUGCAGGAGAACGAAAGCGAGAUAAUAGGUAUAUUACAAUAGUAUGUAGAAGCUUAACCUUAGCCAGAUGUUUCUUAAUAGGAGAAUGACUCUAAAAAAGUUGCUGUGAAAUAUGUUAACCAGUUAGUAUUUAAAUCUCCAAAGAGAGACAAAAUGUAUGUAGUUGAUAAAACUCUAUUGUUUGACAUCUAAUUUGAAGUACCAAAAUAUUAUGUAAAUAUUUAUUGA